UAUGGGCAAAAAGGAAAAAGGAAAGCCAAAUCCAUUAGGUGAAGUGAGCAGAGAUUAUACUAUUAAUAUUCACAAAGCUGUUCAUAAAGAAACAUUCAAAAGAAAGGCUCCACGUGCUGUUAGUCACAUAGUCAGAUUUGGUAUUGCAUAUGAUUAAUUAAAUAGCUCAAAAGAAUAUGUUGACAGAGGAUGUCAGAGUUGAUCCAUAAUUGAAUGAAGCAAUAUGGGCUAGAGGAAUUAGAAAUUUACCAAGAAGAAUUAGAGUUAGGUAGUGUGAUUAAAAUUAUUGUUUGCAGACUUUAAAGAAAGAAGAAGGAAGAAGAUGAUGGAAAAGGAAAGUACUAUACUCUUGCUUAGUACGUACCAGUUGAUUCAUUUGCUAACCUCAAGACAGAAAUCACAAAAGCAUAAUGAUUC